AUGUUAUGUGCCGUGCUGAGAGCCUCUGGAUUCUGUGAAAAGCGGAGUUUUAAGAGAAUAUAUGGUGCAUCUUCGGAGUGGAUUCCUUUCCAUUCAUAUGCGAACAUAAGCAAUGGACUAGGUACUGCUGAGAGGUGUCGUUGGUUCGUCAUCGGCGACAGCGCCGCCGCUCUAUGGGUAACUACUUGA